CGUACCAUGCCAGCCCAGCGCAGACACUCGCAGUUCCGCCCCUGCAUCGACCUGCACGGCGGGGUGGUCAAGCAGAUUGUCGGAGGCACGCUCGACCUGACCGCGAGCGGGGAGGGCAAAGGCCCGAAGGAGAACUUUGUCGCGACCAAGCCCCCGAGCUACUACGCCGAGCUGUACCGCUCCAACGGCCUGAACGGCGGACAUGUCAUCAAGCUGGGCCCGAACAACGACGCGGCCGCGCGCGAGGCGCUGGCCGCCUGGCCAAACGGACUGCAAGUCGGCGGCGGGAUCACUGUCGCGAACGCGCGCGAGUGGCUCGAGGCCGGCGCCGAAAAGGUCAUCGUCACGUCUGCCCUGUUCCCGGGGGGCAAGUUCGCCGAGGACGUCCUCGCUGCCCUGUCGGCCGCAGUGGGCAAGGACAAGCUCGUCGUCGACAUCUCGUGCCGUCGUCGCGAGGCGGGGUGGAUCGUCGCUAUGAACGGGUGGAAGACGCUCACCGACCUCGUCGUGAACGCCGAGAGCAUCAAGCGGAUCGAAGGAUACUGCUCCGAGCUGCUCAUCCACGCUGCGGACGUCGAAGGGCUGUGCCAGGGCAUUGACGAGGAGCUUGUCGAGCGCCUCGGCGAGUGGGUGUCCAUCCCCUGCACGUACGCCGGCGGCGCCAAGGAGCUCGGCGACCUCGCCCUCGUUGACCGCCUGUCGGGCGGCAAGGUCGACCUGACGUUCGGGUCCGCCCUGGACAUUUUCGGCGGCGCCGGCGUCGUCUUCGACGAGCUCGUCGCGGCUGACAAGGAGGCCAAGGCGGCGAGUGUGUAGCGGGAUGGAGGGCGUUGUAACCACGGG